AUGCUUAAACGCAAGCCCUCGCGCGACCUGGUCCCCAGCGGCGGCCCCCACGUCUCCAUCUUUAGCAGCGACCCCACGCUUAGUCGUCAUAAGCGGAAGCGCUCGCUCUUCCGUUCCCAGCACAACAGGGCGCAGUGGGUACCCGAGCCAGAGCGCGACAUGAGUGAACUGCUAGAUUUCGUUCUGCAACAUGAAGAUGCCUUCAAGAACCAGCAUCGCCUUGCAUCGCUCUAUGCAGACUUUCGGCAACAGCUCGAAAUAAACCCCGAAGGCUACCAUGCGAACAUCGCCGCAUGGACGAAAGCUCUCGUCGACGCCUCGCGGGCGGGCGUCAUCCCGAGGCAGGGCACCACCCACGAUCUUCUGAACAUACGAGCCGCCGAGGAGCUCGCGCGAGCCUUACAACACCCACAGUAUGGCAAGCCCACCUGUCUACCGGCUGUAUUCCAUGAGGCAGUGCAAAAGAAGGAGAUGGUACCUUUGAAGGACUUCAUGUCGUCAAAAGAGAGCAUAUACAAGACAUCGUGGAUACCUUCGCCGUGGCAGGUGCUUCAGUGGAGCUUGCGGCAGGUUGGGGUCCUGGGGCAGGUACGGGCGCCGGCCAAGAUGGAGGUCGGGAACUUCGUCGUCGUCAAGAAUGUCGAAGUUGCUGCGGACGAGAUACUCAAGAAGAUGAAGGAGCACGUAUCCACGGCUGACCGGGUACUAUCGAAGACAGACUUCUUGAAACGUUUCGCGACUAUACUAAAUCCGACUGCACCACUUACGACGAACGACCUCGAUAUACUCCUCGUAUUUCUUGCCCGAGACAAGCAAGCGAUAUCUCACAAUGAUCAGACGAUCAAGUUCAAGCCAGAACAUGAGGCUGUCCCCCUGCCUGUCACAGAAGAAGACGCCGCUAUUGCCAAUCUUCGCGACACACUAGCGAAUAUCAACGCGCAGAUACCGCCAUUGAUGGAGAAGAUUGCUCUGGCCGAUGCAGCCGCACGGGAAGCCGUAGUCGCGAAGCAGAUGGUCCGCGCCAAAGCUGCUCUGCGCUCCAAGAAGCUUGCCGAAAACUCUCUCGCUCAACGUUCGGAUGUCGCCCUCCAGCUCGAGCAAGUCUACACCGAUCUACAACAAGCCGCUGAUCAGGUCGAGAUCGUGGAGGCCAUGCGAGCUGGUGCAGCGGCCCUCAAAGGUCUCAAUGAGAAGGUUGGCGGUGCAGAGGGUGUUCAGGGUGUUGUCGAUGCCGUCAACGAACAAAUGGCGACCACGGAAGAAAUCACAAAUAUCAUCAAUGAGACCGACCAGCCUCUUGAUGAGGGCGAGAUUGACGAUGAAUUCGAAGCACUUGAGAAGGCGGAUCGCGAGAAGCGCGAGAAGGAAGAGGCCGAGAGGACCGCUGCAAGGCUAGCAGAGCUUGAGGCAGUGGAGAAGAAGCGCAAGGAGAGGGAAGCUGCAGACGAGGAGCAACGGCAGAAGGAGGCAGUUGACGCGGGCAGAACGGAGAAACAGGUCGAUGAGGCGUCUCAGAGUAUGGCAAGGAUGUCUUUCCAUCAGCCGGAUGAUGAGAUGGAAGAUCCUGAGGAGGAGAACCGCACACCUGCUUAUGCCUAG